AUGGCUGGACCUGGUGGCGGACCUCCUCGCAAGAGCCAUACCAAGUCAAGAAAGGGCUGCAAGACAUGCAAGAGACGACAUAUACGAUGUGAUGAGACAAUGCCGCAAUGCCGAAACUGCACCAAACACAACUGCAGAUGUGAUUAUAUGGAUAACGUCCUAGCGCAUGAUGCUGCUAAUAACGCCAGAAGCCCAGAUCUUCUCAUGUCUCCCGAGAUUGAAUUGGAGAUUCAGAACUGGCAAAAAUCCGGAAACCCACCAUUCCCUGAGCUACAGCUUAGCUCGCGGGCUUAUUGGUAUAAAUUCUCACGAACAGAUCUACGACUUAUUCAUCAUAUCGCUGGCCUAUCCAUUGAUCUUCACCGAAGAGGCUACAGCAAUUGUACUGUCUGGGCUCAGAAGAUGCCGAUAUUCCUCACUAUUGCCUUAUCCAACGACUUUGUUAUGAGUUCCAUUUUGGCACUUUCCGCUUCCCACAUUGCCUGGAUGACGCAAAAUCAAGAUACCGAAAACCUCGCUUAUCACCACCGAGGAGUCGCCAUCAAGGGCCUACAAGGGGCCAUCAGUUCAUUCUCAAGAGAGAAUUCAGAUGCUAUCCUCGCCUCAUCCUUGCUGCUCUCCUGGCAAUCCACUGAAUGGAGAGGCUGGGCUUCCUUGCAACAAGGCGUUUCAACUGUUUUAAAUUCUAUGGAGCCGUGGUGGAAAGAAGAGUCAGAGCUGGCCAGGUUUAUGGACAGUCAACGAGCCUUCCGAAGCGCACGAACUCCGUUAACACCGACAUACCCGGGAACCUUGGGUCAUUUCCAGAACGAGGAUAUCAUGAGACUGGAUAGAGUUAUCGUCAACCUCCAAAACAUCCACCAACGCAUUUCACAUAACCAGGAACACUUCCGAAGAGUAACAGAUUUGCUCGCCUUCACGCAACGACUUCGGGACGAGCUUCCCGUCCAGUCGCCAGAGAAAGCCUUUGAAAGGCUCCAGCCGCUGCGAAUCUGGCUCUUCUGGCUCCCCUCGGCAAUGCUGCGAGGUGGAGAAGCAGAUCUAGGAGCUCUUGCAGUCCUAUCCCAAUUUUUCGGCGUUGCACUUGCGCUUGAGCCCCUGUUCCCAGAAUUCGGCGGAUCAUAUCUAGGCUCCAUGGCCGUGAACCCGAUCGAAGAGAUUCGAAGAAUCCUAUACCAUCGCCGGGCAACAAACCCAUUUGCUCCCGAGAUUCAGCUCGCGCUGAGCCUGAUGGAUCUUCCGGCCGAGACUGUGGCCGAAUACCGCAGCCGUCUUCAAUGGUCGCCAAGAUCAUCAUUCGACGGAUACCCCACAGGCUCGCAUAGCCCAUACCAUCAUGCGCUUCCAACGCCUCAUCUACCUCACCUACCAUCUACAUCCGCUGCCAUUGUCAGUCCUACCACCACUGCAUACCCGGCAUAUACCACAUCGCCGUUACAUUCGCCGAUGACUCCAGCCAUUGUCGGUUCGCCAUACCAGAUGUCGAACGCGAUGCUUCACUCACGUCGCCACUCACAAGUAUACCCAUCACCCACGCUACACCACGAUCCAGUAGAGGAUCGCAUUCCUGAAUAUAAACAGCCCGAGCAGUCAGCGAUGUUCAAUCCCGCUUAUCUCGGAAAUCUUAUCAACGGGGGCCCGACCAUCGGGACAGAUUAUCACGAUUCUCCCCCAAUUAAUGUGACAGGAGGGUUGGUCGCUCCGGAACUCUGCUGGACUUGA